AUGGCGGGCUCCGGGCACACGUGGCCCAACAGCCAGGACGACUACGAGCUCCUGGACGUCAUCGGCGUCGGCGCCACCGCCGUAGUGCACGCCGCCUACUGCCGCCCGCGCAACGAGAAGUGCGCCAUCAAGCGCAUCAACCUCGAGAAGUGGAACACGUCCAUGGACGAGCUCCUCAAGGAGAUCCAAGCCAUGUCCAGCUGCAACCACGAGAACGUCGUCACCUACUACACCAGCUUCGUGGUUAAAGAGGAGCUGUGGCUCGUGCUCCGACUGCUCGAGGGCGGCAGCUUGCUCGACAUUAUCAAACAUAAAAUGAGGAUAUCUAACUGCAAACAUGGUGUCUUCGACGAGGCCACCAUCGCCACCGUACUCAAAGAAGUGCUUAAGGGACUAGAGUACUUCCACCAGAAUGGACAGAUACACAGAGAUAUUAAAGCUGGUAACAUUUUACUUGGUGAUGACGGUAUCGUCCAGAUCGCAGAUUUUGGUGUAUCUGCGUGGCUUGCAACCGGCCGGGAUCUCUCACGACAAAAGGUUAGGCACACGUUCGUAGGCACGCCGUGCUGGAUGGCGCCUGAAGUGAUGGAGCAAAACCACGGCUAUGAUUUCAAAGCCGAUAUUUGGUCAUUCGGAAUUACAGCUAUAGAAAUGGCUACUGGCACUGCACCAUAUCACAAGUAUCCGCCCAUGAAGGUACUCAUGCUUACCCUACAAAACGAUCCGCCCACGCUCGACACUGGCGCCGAAGAGAAGGACCAGUACAAGGCGUACGGUAAAACGUUCAGGAAAAUGAUAUUCGAGUGUCUGCAGAAAGACCCUGCAAAACGACCGACGGCUACCGAACUGUUAAAGCACUCGUUCUUUAAGAAGGCGCGCGAUCGCAAGUAUCUAGUGUCCACUCUGGUGACAAUCGGACCCAGCAUGGAGACACGUGUACACAAGGCCAGUCGAAGGCAGCCCGGCGCGUCGGGGCGUCUGCAUCGCAUGGAGACCGGAGAGUGGGUGUGGGAGAGCGAGGAGGAGGACGACGACGAGGACGACGCGGCGCGGGACCGGCCCAUGAACACGCUGGAGCGCGCCGACAGCUCGGACAGCGACGACGACCGCGCCGCCUUCACCAUCGGCUCGGCCGGCGCACCCGACGCGCGACAGGCGCCACUCAUCAACCUCGUGCUGCGCAUGCGCAACGCGCGAAACGAACUCAACGACAUUCGCUUCGAGUUCGCGGCGGGCAAGGACUCUGCGGACGGCAUCGCCACGGAGCUGGUGGGCGCGGGGCUGCUGGACGCGCGCGACGCCGACGUGACGGCGCGCCAGCUGCAGCGGCUGGUGGACGACUUCCUGUUCCCGGCGGCCGGCGCCACCGCGCCGCGCUCGCUCACCUUCCGCCUCAACUCGGCGCCGCCCGAGCCCGAGGACGAGCAGAGCCUCAUCGGCUUCGCGCAGAUUUCCAUUGUGGACUGACCGGUGCCGCCGACCCGACUAUAUAAUAUAUUAUCUAUGCUUAGGACCUCCUACGUAUUUUAUGGGUGGAUAUGGAAUUAUAUUAGUUGUAUACCGUUUAUGCGGUGGUGAUUUUUGUGGACCGAUGGCCCCGAGGCGCGGCGACGUGUCGUAGCUCGGCGCGUCAAUGUACUCCCCGCUGCCUCCGGGCCGUGCUCUGCGCAGUGCGCAUCGAGUCGUCUGUAUACGAAAACUAUCGCCGCGUAGCUCAAAUGAAUGUAUAUUUUACAUUAUGAUUAUAAGGGUGAAUCUGAAUUUAUAAGAGUAUUUUUUGUGAUCGUACCGUGUCAAUUUUGCUGCUUUCCAACACUGUAAUCGAUUAACUCGGGCCCACAUUCGCAAAUAUUGCAAGCUAUACCAAGGAUGACAAUGUAUGACCUGAUAGAUUGCGCAAAUAGAAUGAAUACAUCCAACAUGUAAGUUAGCACUUCUAGCAUAAAUUAUACUUGUUUAUAAUAAAAAGCUACCUAUUACUGUAAUUCUUAUUACUUUAUAACAACUUCCAAGUGCCAUAUUUAUGAAAUAUGAAUGGAUUAAAUAAAAAUCGUAUACUGUAAGUCGACAGUGAUAUAAAAUUGCAUAUAAUAAAUCAUUACAGUGUUAAUUUAAAUAGCAGGUCUAUAUAGCACCAUAGAAUGUUCUUUUUACAUUGUUAUUUGUUUGUUGCUUAUUUUGGAAGUAUUUUAAUAAUAAAAGAUGAAAUCGA